AUGUCAUUUCUGCUUUAAAUAUCGCCGCCCAGAAGUUUAAGUGGAUUCCAGAUUACCAGUACGAGAUUUUUUCAUCAGGGCAGUGGCUCUGUAAGGUUUUAGUUGAUGGUAAAGAAUAUCAAUCUAUGCCAUGUUACAAUAGACAAGAAGCCAAGCUUGCAGCAGCUGAAGCAUUUUUCGCUGGUCAUCGGAGAUCUGAUAGUGAUACUUUCGCAGAUAUACUGAAACAUUGGAUGGAAAUGCCUGUUGACGCGACCUGCAAGGCAGAUCAUACAGGUACGUAUGUCAUGCUUUCAUCAAUAUCUUCCUUAAAAACACUACUUGUGUAG